CUCAGUUACAUUCCCGCCUAUUAUAAAGUUAAUUUAUAUGUUUUCUAUUAUUUUUAAUAUUUUUCUUUGUUGCUAAUGGUUUAUAUUCGAAUUAUUAAUAUUUAUAAUAAUUAACAAGUUAUUAUUUGCCUAAAGUUUAUGUGUUUUGGAAAAAAAAGAGACCGCCAAUCGUCACAUCUGAUUGGUCAAUGAAAAACCCAAACAAUUCGCCUGGGACUUCGUAAUUGUGAAUUGAUAUUAUUGUCAAUUGACCAUUACCACAACAAUGGCACAGUCCACUAUAACGCGAUUUUAUACUACUAGAAAACGUGGGAAAGCUAGCGAAGAUUUAAAAUUAGUUAAGAAUUUAUCUGAUGAAACCUUACCUAAGGAUGUUAGUAAAAAGAAAGAAAUUAAGGCAGCAGUUUGCCAAUCUCCUAAGCGAAAUAUAAACACAACAGAAGAAAGUACUCCAUCAAAAAAGAAGCCUACUAUGACUGUACAAGGUGAUAUUACAAAAGAAUCAAAGAAACCAGCUCGCAGAAAAUUGCAGGUUAACAAGUUUGAAAAUGAAUCAAUGUCUGGAUUGAAAGUUAGCUCUCCAAAUGCUAAAAAUCAGCUUGCUAGUCCUAAAAAAAUAUUGACUGAUGAUGAAAAAUUGGAAGCACUUAUCAACCAAUCUCGAUCUAGAUUGUUGUUUAGUUCUAAAAAAGAGGAGCUAAAAAAAGCAUUAGCCAGCUUUUCAGAAAAAACAUCAAAGAUAAAGGAUUUUGAAUCAAACCCAUGUAAAAUAACAUCUGUUGCUAGAUCAUCUACAAACAAAAUUGAGAAGACAUCCCCCAUAAAAACAUCUCCAGUAAAACCAGCUCAUGAGAGAUUUAGGUAUUUGGUCGAAUCUCCAUCAACUUCCUUAAUAUUACCAGUGAAAUAUAAAAUACUUUGUGAGAUGUUUCAAAGUAUGGAUACAGUUGUAAGUAUAUUGAACAACAGGAAAGAAAAAGUAACAUUUGAGAAAGUCAAAGAAGGUGUGCAGAAGAUGAUGAAAAGAAAUUUUGCAAAACUGCAUCUUGGUCAAAUUAUGACUGUAUAUCCUUCAGCUUAUACUUUGGAAUUAAAAAAACCUACUAGGAAAAUAGAUGGUGCAGAAUAUGAAUUGAUUAUUUCACCAAAUUUGUGUAAAGAUGAAGAUGGCAAUUAUAUAGCAAAGCCUGAUGCAUUUGUAUCUAUGCACCCCCAGACCUUACUUGAUCGAAAAAGAGAAUUUAAUAACAAUAUAUUAGAAGUGGUGAAGAAACAUCAUCAGGACUUUUUAGACAGAAUAAACUUUCCUAGUGUUUCUGGUACCAGCAUUAAAUUUUGGCAUCCAAAAUUUCCUCUCGAUUCAAUACCAGAUAUUCAGCCUGCUGAACUCCCUGAACCGCCUGACUCAAAAAUUUAUACAGCCAAAGAUGUUUUAAAUGUAGUAAAAGGUUCUUUAAAAAGUAAAAAUAAGGUGGAAAAAGCUUUACAGAGGGUAGCUGAAGAAUCUGCAGCUGAGGAGAAAAAAGGAGAUAUAAUUCUCACUAAACCAGAAAAUGCAAAAUCUGCUUUAAAAGGCAUUUGUACCGACUUAAUAGAAAAGAUUCGUGCUCGGGAGUCUGCAAAGCUUCUGGAAACAAUGACUAGAGAUCCUGGAGAAGUAAAAAGAAAAGCAAUGCUAGAAAGAUUGCCAAAAAUAAUCAGUAUUUUGUGGCACUACUUCAUAGCUGAACGUAAAGCUGCUGUUCCUGUUGAUGUUGCAGUUGAGAAAAUUAUUCAUAGUUUAAAUACAUUGUCAGCACCUGAUGACGUUAAAGAGCAUUUGAAGCUAAUAACAGAAACAUUUCCUGGUUGGCUGACGUUUGUAAAAAUUCCCAAAGGAACUUAUAUUACUAUUGAUAAGAAAAGGAACAUAAAUGAUAUGUUAGCUAAUUUUGCAUGUUAAUAAUGGACUUGUGAAUUUAAAAAAAAAUUCUUUUAGUGUUUACAAGAAAUGUUUUAAUAUGUAUUUCUUUCUAUAAAUUGUAUGGUUUUAGAUAAAUGAAUUUCAUAUAAUAAAUUUUAUUUGUAGUAA